AUGUGGCAGAUAUCGCCCACCCGUUCUGGUACCCGCAGCGGGCCCGGCCUCCCUCUCCCAGGACACGAGGCAGACAUCGCCUGUCCGUCCCAGGACCCACGGUGGGCCUGGCCUGCCUGUCCCGGGACACAAGGCAGACAUCGCCCACCCAUCCUGGUACCCACUGCGCGCCCAGCCUUCCUGUCUCAGGAAGACGAGGCGGGUUUCUCCCGUCAGUCCCAGCACCCAUGGCGGGCCUCACCAGCCCACCACGGUACCAAUGGUGGGCCUCACCCGCCCGUCCCGGGAACUAUGACAGCCCUCGCCCUCCUGUCGCGGAACCUGUGGGAAGGCUCGCCUGCCCAUUUCGACCCAUGGCAAGCCUCGCCCGCUCGUCCUGGCACCUGUGACAGGCCUCGCCCGCCCGUCAUGACACUCGUGCCAGGACUCACCUGCACAUCCAGGCACUCGUGGAGGGCCUCAACCGCCUGUCCUGGAACCUGUAUCGGGCCUCCCGGCACCUGUGCUGGGCCUGGCCCACCUGUCCCGGGCCCAGCGACGGGCCUGGCCCGCUCGUCCCGGUACACGUGGCGGACAUCGCCUGCCCGUCCCGGGACCCGAGGUGGGCCCGGCCCGCCUGUCCCGGGACACAUGGCGGACAUCGCCCGCUUGUCCCGGGACCCGCGACAGUCCCGGCUGGCCCAUGGACAGUUGCUUCUGCAGUUUCCAGUUGUCCUCUAG